AUGGGCUGGAGAGUGCAGCGCGGGGCGAUAAUUGUCCGGGAGCUGCUAGCUGCCGCAGAGCUGCCCUGCUUCACCUUCAUCCUAUCCAGCUACAAGCCAGGAGUGCAGGCCUGUAACCCCAGCUACCUGGGAAGGCUAAAACAGGACAAUGACAAGUUCAAGACCAGCCUGGCUGGCUCGAGGAGGUCGUCCAUCAAUCCAAGAAGUACCUGGCAAAGAGUAGUCCCCCCUCCCCUGAGCCGCCACCUGUUUACCCUUACCCAGCACGAUAGGAGGAUUGGCAUUGGCCAACCCGUGGCCAGUCAAAGGACCACCAUUGAUUCAACCCCCAAAGCCCUCGCACAGCCAUCUGAUGUCCAGCAGUCUGACCAGACAAUUCACGACCAAGAUGGGCACCAUUCUGCAGUACCCAAUGUACAUAACCAGAGCAACCCCUUCCGGUUGCCACCUCCAUUGUUGGAUCACAGAGGAAGCCAAUUCAUCCUAUUGGCUACAGCUGUUGACACAGUUAAUGCCACACCCAUGUCAGGGUCAAAAGAGAAGUUGGAGGAGCCAAAGAAGAUGACCCGAGAAGACCGGAGGAAAAAUACGGAGCUAGAAGAACAGAGAAAACUGGGCAAUGCUACUGCAGAAGUUGAUGAAGAGGGAAAAGAUAUCAACCCUCAUAUUCCUCAGUACAUUUCUUCAGUUGCAUGGUACAUUGAUCCAUCCAAAACACCCACUUUAAAGCAUCAGAGAAAACAGCCAGAAAAAGAGAAGCAAUUCAGUUCCUCUAGGGAAUGGUACAAGAGAGGUGUAAAGGAGAAUUCUGUAAGUACCAAGUACGGCAAAGGGGCAUGUGAAAAUGGUGGGGCCAUGACCCACAAGAAUGAAGAUUGCUUCAAGAGGCCAAGGCGUGUUGGAGCUAAUUUCACAGGCACUAGCAUCGCUCCAGAGGAGCACAUCCAGCCUCAGCUGAUGUUUGACUAUGGUGGGAAGAGGGACUGACGGAAUGCUUACAGCUCAGAAGAGCCUGUGGAAACCGUUGAGGAGUACAACAAACUUUACUUGGCAAAAUGAAGUUUGAAAACCCUGAAACUCAAAGAAGAGUUAGCGUCUGGAAAAUUAAUGGGACAAGCUAAUUCUCCAAAACAUCAGUGGGGACAAGAAGAACCCAAUUCUCAGAAGAAAAAGGAUCAUAACAGUGAAAAGGAGGAUGAAGAUAAAUAUGCAGAUGAUAUUGACAUGCCUGGGCAAAAUUUCAUCUCUAAGAGGUACAUUACUGUUCAGAAUCUCAGGAUUCGAGAAGAUACAGCAAAAUUUAGAAAUUUAGAUCCAAACUCUGCCUAUUACAAUCCAAAAACUAGAGCAAUGAGAGAGUAUCCUUAUGUCAAUACAGGAAAGAAUCCAGACGAAGUGAGUUAUGCUGGAGAUAACUGUGUUAGAUACACAGGAGACACCUGUUCAAUGGCUCAAACACAAUUGUUCACUUGGGAAGCCUAUGGCAAAGGAACUGAAGUACAUCUCCAGGCAGAUCCUACAAAACUAGAGCUGCUGUAUACGUCCUUCAAAGUCAAAAAAGAAGACUUCAAGGAGCAGCAGAAUGAAAGCAUCCUGGAAAAGUAUGGUGGCCAAGAACACUUGGAUGCUGCUCCAGCUGAGCUGCUGUUGGCCCAGACAGACUAUGUGGAGUACUCCAGGCAUGGGACAGUCAUGAAAGGCCAGGAGCGGACUGUGGCCUGCUCCAAGUAUGAGGAAGACGUGAAGAUCCACAACCACAUGCACAUCUGGGGAUCUUACUGGAAAGAAGGCCAGUGAGGAUACAAAUGUUGCCACUCAUUCUUCAAGUAUUCCUAUUGCACUGGAGGCACUGGGAAGGAGAGGGUUCACUCAGAGGAGUGUAUUAUAAAUGGUGCAACUGGAGAAGAAUCUGUGAUGAGACCUCAAACCCUCAUGCAGCUGCACCAGGAAAAACUAAACCCUCAUGAGAAGAAGAAAAAGAAGAGGAAGAAACACCAGAAGAGCAGUUCCCACAGUGACAAGGACAGGAAGCACAAGAAACGGAAAAAGGCAGUGAAUGCAGAGGAGACCCGACUUCUCCAUGUCAAAGAGAUCAUGCAGAUUGAUGAGUGGAAGAGACCUUACAGCAGCAUAUGUGAGACUCAGGAGCCCAAUGAAGAGGAAAUGGAGGCCUACAGAAUGAAACAGCAGAGGCCAGACGACCCCAUGGUGUCUUUCCUGGGUUACAGCCACAGAUGA